CUUGUCUCUGUUUUGUAAACAUCUAUAGAUAAAACCGAAAACACUUCACAACACAAAAUCCACAAAAUGAUGCUGAGAGCUAAUCCAACGGUUCAUGUUCCUCCUUGGCCGAAUCAUGAUGAUCCAACAGCUGAGAUUCUUUCUUCUUGUUUCGGUUAUGAUAACAAUAACAUUGCCGGUGAUUUCACCGGCGCCGGAGAUUACACUGCCGGAGAUUUUUCCACCGGUGAUUACUCUUCCGGUGAUUACUAUCUCCGAGAAGCACUUGCAGCGCUUCAACGUUAUCUUCCGUCAAACGAGUUCAACGAUUCUGAUUUAGAAUCUCCGGCGACGGCGGCGGCGGAUUCAACGGUGGAUGCAUAUUCAUGCGAUCAUUUCCGCAUGUACGAGUUCAAGAUAAGAAGAUGCGCACGUGGAAGAUCACAUGACUGGACGGAGUGUCCAUACGCACAUCCCGGCGAGAAAGCACGCCGCCGUGAUCCGAGGAAGUUUCAUUACUCCGGUACGGCGUGUCCUGAUUUUCGUAAAGGUAACUGUAAGAAAGGUGACGCGUGUGAACACGCGCAUGGUGUUUUCGAGUGUUGGCUUCAUCCUGCACGUUACCGUACUCAGCCGUGUAAAGACGGAACCAGCUGUCGCCGGCGUGUUUGCUUCUUCGCUCACACGCCGGAACAGCUUCGUCUUAACGUUCAGCAGAGUCCAUCUUCCUCACGGAGUGUUAAUUCGCCUGAUUCGUAUGACGGUUCUCCGUUACGACAAAUGGUUACUAUAACGACGCCGCCAGAAUCUCCACCGAUGUCACCGAUGGCGAGCGAGAUGGUGGCGUCGUUACGGAAUUUACAAUUGGGUCGGAUGAAAACUAUGCCAAUUAAUAGAAAUGUUACAAUUGGGUCACCGGUUUUUGGUUCGGGUUCACCGGUUUUUGGGUCACCGCUUCGGUCUGGUUUUUUAAGUUUACCUAAUACACCAACAAAAAAACCAGGUUUAGGCCGGGUUGGUGGGUUUGAUUUAUGGGAUCAGAGUUGUGAAGAGGAGCCUAUAAUGGAGAGAGUUGAGAGUGGAAGAGAUAUUAGGGCUAAGAUGUUUGAGAAAUUAAGCAAAGAAAAUUCAUUGGAGAAUGAGAAUGGAAAUUCGGGUUUGGGUUUGGAGUCGGGUCAACCCGGUCCAGAUGUUGGGUGGGUUUGUGAUUUGUUGAAGUGAAGUGAAGUGAAGAGGUUGUUGGGUUUUUCUUGGAGGUAAUUGGUUUGGUUGGUUAAAAGCGACAUCGGUUUGAGGUUGUUUUUGUUUUGUUGGUACUUUGAAUGUUUGAAGAUUUUACUGUCCUUGCAGUGUGAAUAGAAUGGAAGGAACAAGGAAGUAAGGGAGUGAAAUUUUUGUAAAUAUUUUUAUUCAUAAGGUAUGAGUGAUUAAGGUUGAAGGGUUUAGGGUUUAAUCCGAUCAAUAACCAAUUUAGGAGAUUAAACUCUUUUUGUAUAGCUUUCUAAUCAUUGUUAUUAUUAAUUACUAUUAUGAAUUAUGAAUUAUUAUUAUAUUAC